AUGGAGAGGUAUCCCGAGCUGCGGACAGUGAGAAGGGAAGCCGACAUCCUGGCCGAGCAGAUCGGCGCCCACGUCGGGGUAAAACCUAAAGAAGUGGCGCUGCACGAAGCGGAGGCGAGGCUCGGUGAGGACGAAAUUAAAUAUGUGCCGGAAGUGCCAGCAGAGUUGCCUGAAAUAACACCGCUGGGUGUAAUAACGGAAAUAACAGCGGUGGAUGUUGAAGGAGCCAAGUUGGAAGACAAAUCGCCGGUUCCGGAGGAGAAGGGAGUGAAACACGAAUCCAAAGUACCAUCAAUACCAAUCCCGCACCCCGAAGAAGCGCCGGGGGAAGCGGAUCUUACAAGAGAAGAAACAUCAGCUGAACCUUCCGAGAUAGAAACUCAAGUUUGGAAGACCGAAGCCGACGAUGAAACAGUGAAGCCCGUAGGUGAAGAAAGACUAAUCGCUGAGCAAGUGAAGCUGGAGCAGGAAAUAAUAUCCGAGCAUGCGGAAGAAAUUCAAGUAAAAACGGAACCUAAAGAAAAAGAGCCGUCGACGCCGUUCUCUGAAGAAGCGCCGACCGAAGCAUAUAUAAAAGAAGAAACAACAGUAGACGUGCAACCUGAAUCUACGGUGACCCUAACAGAACCACCUACUGUUGAACAAAUAGAAGCUGUCGAUGAAGCGAUACAGCCUGUGGACGAAGAACAAGCUGAAGCAGAGCCUCUCGUGGAGUUCGCAGAGACGGAAGAAGCUCCAGCUGUUAUGAUAAAGGAGAGAUUAACGGAUGCUGAAGAAGCAGUACCGACGGUGGGUGUGAAAGAAGAAGCAGAGGAACUCGCGGCAGACGAACCUUCAGCGGAAGGUGAAGAGGCGGAAGAGCCCAAAGUCAGCGAAUUCGCAGCCGUAGCGGAAGUAGAAGAAGCUGAAGCGGUAAAACAACCCGUGCUCGAGGUGGAAGACAUCACGAGAGUGGAAGACAGAAUGAUAGAGGAGGCACCGGCGGAGGUGGCACCGUCCGUCGUACCGUACGAAGUGAAGGAGGAAGAACCGCCAUUGGCAGAGAGGGAAGAGUUACCGGCGGAAGUGGCCGCGGAGCUGCCGGCAGAAGCGAAGCGGGAGAAGGUGCUACUACUGGAAGAGAAGUUCCACGUGUUCGAAGCCUUCGAGGUGGAGGAAAAAAUUCUGAUCGUCAAAGCGAGGCCGCCAGAGGACACGGCGGUAGCCACGACGACGAUCGAACCCCGACCAGCCCCAAUCCAGCCGUACUUUGUGUUGGAUCGAAGAACCAAGCUGGACGAGCGGGAAUUGUUGCGUGUUAUACCCGACGCGACGGUGUCGCCGCCUAUCACCGCGAGAAGCAGAUCAGUGACACGCUCCGCGCUAACGACGACACUCGUCGAGGAGUCCACCGAGGAAAUUGGGCUCAUCGCGCAAAGUGACGUGCUCGAAACCACCGAGCUAAACACCGAGGCGCGGCUUCCAGCCGCCGUGGGUCGCGCGCCGCCCGCGCGGCUGAUCGGCGAAUAUUUCCAAGCGGCCGCGACGGAGUCGGGCGGAGUCGGGCGUCCUGAAAUAACCGGCCGAAAAAUGCCCCAGCACAAACGCCUGAGGGACCAAUCGACCGUUACGAGCAGCAGCGCCGGCUCACAGACGGAUAAAACGAGCCGCGCUAGCCACGAGCGAGUCGAGAGGGAACGCGGCCGACUGACGACGGAGCAACUUUUGCGAUCCAUCAAGACCGCGGCAGCCGGCCUGACGCGCGGCGACACCGAGCGCGAGAUUCGUACGAUUAAUUACGCCGUGCGGCCCGAGACGGACGGGGCUAGCUGCAACUGCUGCCUCUGCGGCGACGACGCGUCCUCGUGGACGCCGACGAGUGGCCGGCCGCAGGCGGACGCGAGGACGCCGCCGUCGCCGUCGUUGGCGGCCGCCUUCAAGCGCGCCUUGCUUCCCGUCAAGGCGAGCCACAUGAUACCGUACGACAGACUGUGCCCGGCCUGCAGGGCUAAGGUCCAGGCUAAAGUGACGCGCGACAAGGGUCGCAUGGAGGAGAUCGUCGAGAGAGCGUCGCGCGACAAGCAGACCGACGCCGCGGCGCCGCGCCGCGCGGCCUCGCGGAAGAGGACGGUCGAGAAGAGGGACCAAUGGUGUCUGGCCAAGAUACCCAGGCGAAAGGUCGCCGAGGUCGCCGAGUCCAGGAGGAAAUCCGAUCCGUCGGAAGAGCAGCAGAGGUCGAAGAAGACGGACGCGACGCCGUUGACGCCCAGCUGCAUUUGCUUCCAGCUGGAGAAGCCCGGCGCGAUGCCGGCUAGGAAAGGAAACUGCUAUUGUGCGGACUGA